CUCGGAUUGCGCCUUCGAGCCAAAACGCUAAAGUUAGAGAAAGGAAUGGGAUGCUGUAGUGAGCCUUCACCGCAACUUCAGCUGUUCCGUUCUGUAAUUUACUAAACUCAUUCGCAUUCUGCGGUAGACUGUAGUCUUUAUUGCGCUGUCCUGUAGCGCUAAUUUAAGGGCUCUCUGGAAAAGAUUUCUUCAUCGUUGGAAGCAUUAUUUUCUGAUACCGAUAUUCAUCCAGUUAGAAGAAAAGAAAUGCUGGGCCUGCAGGACUCAGGCUGCCACCUGGGCGAGCAGGUGCGCUCCAUGAUGCGUUCUCUCCAGGACCUGAAGCAUCUGCGUCGGACAUGCGUAGCAGCGCCUCCUUCUGGCCCACCCGCUGCCCGGCCACGCGCCUGCAAGCUGCUGAUUGCCCAGCGUGAGCGGCGGGGGGCGAGGCUCAGGGUCAGCGACGCCAGCGAGGCCAGCAGCUCCGACUCGGCGUGCUGCCUCAUGGGCCCCCUGGAGGAUGAGGAGGGAAGUGCAUCCAGCUCCCCCAGCAGCGAGCGGAGCCUGGAACUCGACUCGGACUACUCGGAGGGCUCGUGGCUGGACGAGGGCGUCGUGCUGCGCCGCUCCAGGAACGUGCGAGUCUCAUCGGUGGCGUGCCUGCGCACGAACCAGAUAUCGGCCCCCGCCUGCCCCCGCCCGCGGCCCAAGUCCACAUCGGAUGCCUGCCUGGAGCGGUGGACGGCGUUUGAGGCACCGGGCGAGGCAGAGGGCUGGACGGCGGCUCUGCUCACCCGGGGACGCAACCGCCAGCCGCUCGUGCUGGGCGACAACAGCUUUGCCGACCUCGUACAGAACUGGAUGGACCUGCCAGACUACCCAUCCGAUUCUACAGUGCCUAAGCCCACUUCAGGCCGGCGCCUGGCCAAAGACUUGCUAGUGAGCAUGAAACGGCGCCUGGUUGGUAUCUCUCGCGGGACGGGUGCAUGGAAAAAGACGUCGGACCCAGCUCAGAGCAACAGGGUCACCAUGCAGCCCAAACGACUCUCGUGCCCUGUGGACGUUCCCCGGAAGGUGCCGUUUUUCCAUAAGUCUCACCUGGGCCUCCAUGAAAUUGACACAAAUUUUUAUCGCUUCACAGCACUCAUGAAGACGGGCAACCGGCAGCCAAUCCUCUGUAAUGACAUCAUCGGGUACAUAUGAGUGUCAUUAAGCCAAAUUUAUACUCUGACUGAAUGGACUCUGAUACUUAUGAAGAUACUUAUGUUUUUUAUAUUUGAAACUGUUGUGUUAAUUCAUUCGAUUAUGUAUCACGGUCAUGCUGAUAAUAAUAAUAAUAAUAAUAAUAAUAAAAGUUUUCAGACAUUUCAAA